UGCGCAGGGCAACAAUCAUAUCGAUAUGACAAUAAUCGUUUUAUGUUAGUUACAUAACCAUCUGAACGUAACCUCAGUCUAGACCGUCGUCUGUAACCUCGCAAGCUCUGUGGCGAUCCAAGAUAAUAAAAACUAUCAUCAGUACAAGCGAAGAUGUCUUCUGAAGCAGUUCAGCCGCGCAGGCCUAUGAAAUUCCCAUAUACUUUCUCGGCAAAGAUUGCACAGUUUCCUUACGCCCACUACUUCAAUAACCAGUGGUUGUACAGAUACUUUUGUUACGGAACGCUUCUUGCGAUUCCCGUAUUCUGGAAGCUCCAAAAGAUGUCAAAAAGCCCAGAGAAUGUGGCUAAGUAUCAGGAAAUGAGAAGAAGGGAAGCAGCCGAACACCACCACUAAAAUUGUCUCGUCAAAUACCAUUUAGAGGAACCGUUGAAAAAAAUGUUACAUCAAGUACUUUGUAGUAAAAUUUCACGACUGUUAACAGUUUGUGUCAGUGCUAACUCAUGGCAAGUAAAUAAAUUUUUGCUCUAA